AAUGUUUGUUGAGACUCCUUAUCACUGUGGACCUCGUUUUCGUUUCGUUAUCAUUCUGUAAAUUUAUAAUUGCUAUUUUUUUGCUGAAAGCACUGGGAUACUAAUUAGUUGCAACAAAUGAAAAUAAAUUGAAGAAAAUCGAUUAAAGUGUUUCACGCCGGUUCGUACAGUUUGGAGUAAAAAUAAUGCCUCGUUCUACACCGAAUAUUCUGGUCACCGGUACCCCCGGAGUUGGCAAGUCUUCGCUAUGUGCAGAAGUUGUUAAACAAGUGAAUUUUGAAUGGAUCGAAAUCAGCAAAGUUGCCAAAAGUCGAGAGUGUAUAUCAGGAUACGAUGAAGAAUUGAAUUGCCCCAUAAUCGACGAAGAUAAAGUUAUCGAUGAAUUAGAUCCAGUCGUAGAAUCCGGUGGUAAAAUUAUUGAAUACCAUGGUUGUGAUUUUUUCCCCGAACGAUGGUUCGAUAAAGUAUUCGUUGUUCGUGCCAAUAACACGAUAUUGUAUGAUCGACUGCAAGAAAGAGCAUAUAGCGAUUUGAAGAUAAGAAAAAACAUAGAAUGUGAAAUUUUUCAAAGUAUUUUAGAAGAAGCAAUGAGUUCAUACGAACCAUCCAUUAUUCAAGAAUUACAUAACAACAAUGCGAGUGAUAUGGAGCAAAAUACUGCGAUAAUUGUUGAGUGGAUUAACACGUGGCUUCAAAAUAAUGAAAAAAGUAAAAACGAGAUGUUCGGAUCUAAGUAGACCAAAUUAUCAUUUCGUAUUCUUGUUUUUCUACCAAUUGUUCAAUUUAAUUAAGUAAUUGUCAACCAAAAUUCCAUUUUUGAUUUUGUAAAAUCCUAUUUUUUUCACUCGUGAGAAAUUUGAGUAUUUUGGGAAAAUUACCUACUCAAAAUGUCAGCAGUUUCUGUAGAAAAAAGCUGACAACAAAACACAUGUUAUUGUGAUAUUGUUGAUAUUUCAAUAAAGUUUUUGAUAUUAA